AUGGUUGAAGUACAACCGAAAGUGAUCCUGGUCAGACCAACAGUAACGUUCGUGACGAUCAAGCCAAAACCGGAAGUGAAGAGCACGUCAGACACGAAGACGAAGAGCAAAACAGAGACGAAACCAAAGCCCAAGCCGGAGGCGAAGAGCAAGUCGGAGGCGAAGGGCAAGAAGAGCAAACCAGAGACAAAACCCAAGCCGGAGACGAAGACCAAGCUGAAACAGGAGGCGAAGAGCAAGCCGGAGACUAAGGACAAACCGGAGACGAAACCCAAGCUCAAGCUGGAGGCGAGGAUCCAGCCAGAGACGAAGGGCAACCCGGAGGCGAAGGUCAAAACAGAGACGAAACCUAAGCCCAAACAAGAGACAAAACGCAAGCUCAAGCCAGAGAUGAAGAGCAAUCCAGAGACGAAGGACAAACCAGAGGCGAAGAGCAACGCAAAGCCCGACAUAAAUCCCAAACUGAAAGCAGAGGCAAAGAUCAACCCAAAGCCAGUAUCGAAGACUAAGGCAACCCUAGACGCAAAGAGGCCUGAUACAAAGACGAAAAGCAAGCCCGAGACGAAGAGCAAACUGGAACUAAAGACAAAGCCAGAAAUGAAGCCAAAAGUCGAGCCAAAGAAAAAGACCAACCCGGCGAAGAAUGUAACAACCAAUUUGGAGACGACAACGAAGACCCAGCGGGGGGCCUAG